AUGUCGCUCAGGCCAAUAAUGGUGGAAGAACCCUUUGCUCAAUGGGGUCUCGAUUUCAUAGGAAUGAUCAACCCUCCAAGCUCAAUCGGACACAAGUGGAUCCUGAUUGCUACUGACUACUUCGCUAGAUGGUCUGAAGCUAUCCCCCUGAGGAAUGCAUUAGAGGCAGAGAUAUUAGAAUUUUUGGAAGAUUUAGUGUGUCGAUAUGGUCUGCCAAAGACCAUAAUAUCGGACAAUGCACGAGCAUUCACAGGCUCACGAGUCACCCAGUUUUCUCUCAGUCGAGGUAUCUACCUGAAGACCUCCUCAAACUACUAUCCACAGGGAAAUGGCCUAGCUGAGUCCGCUAACAAGAAUCUCAUAAGACUCGUUAAAAGGAUGGGAUAUGAGCACAAAAGUGAGUGGAAUCACCACUAG